AAACGACGUUCGCCCCGCAACGUCGCCGUGGUGCGAACAGAUCGUCGCUUCUUCGCAAGUCAGUUUUCAUUCAAGGUGUCUGUGAACAAUGCCGGAUGAUGCUAAGGCACUUGUUGCCUUACUGACGAUCACAACGUGAGCGGUCAGUCGUGAUCCGCGGAUCAUCGGGGAGAUAAUGAUUACAGAACAGACCUGGAGCAUGAUGCUGGACAGCGAUGUCACGAGCAUCAACGAGUCGAGCAUUUCGCCGAGGAAACAGUUAUGGAUCAAGGCGGUGAAGAAACUGACAUCCGAGAGGCUGGGUCGAGAGGGACUGGCGGCGUGGGAGGACCGGAAGUCCAACGGAGGACCGGAUCCCGAGGUCGCCGCCGGAACGAAGGACCAGUCGCCCGAUGAAAAUGUCGAGUCUUCGAAAACGGAACCGGAAGCUACCUCCACGGAUCAGCCUGUGGCUGACGAAGAAGCUCAGACCCAACGUGAUGUCUUCAAGAAAGGGACGUUGUAUAAGGGAAUAUUCCUGCCCUCACUGACCAACAGUUUUCACAACAAGCAGCUGGAGACGUCCUACCUUCUCUACUCGAAUCGGCAGAGACAGAAGUCCCUGAUCAUGUUGAAUAUCGUGGACCUUAGCCUGAAGAUCACGUUAACGGCGAUCUGGCUCUGGCAACGGAACUCAAAUGGUGGAGGACUGAUCGAGGGCUUGUCGUGGGCCGCGUGUUGCAUGGCAGCGAAUCUGGUGAUCUGUGUGCUCGGCUGGUGGCGUUGCUUUUCUAACAAUUAUCUGUACUGGGCCUCGAUAUUCACUUGGUUAUUAAUAAACUCUCAAGGUUUUAUAGGUGCCGGUCUGAAUUUCACCACACAGCAGCGGCUCAUGUGGUACAUACUCUUCGUCGUGUACGCACCCUACGCGAUGCUGCCUCUGCCGUUGCGAUGGUGCGUCCUCGCCGGCUACGGAACGGCGCUAACACACAUGGUGCUGGCCGGCAUAAGUCUGCUGCAGGAUUCCGUAUACCUGCGAGACGCCACGUGCAUCAUCCGCACGCUGACGACGAACGUGCUGCUGUACUUGGCCGUGAACCUGGCCGGCAUGUACACCAAGUAUCUGACGGACCGGGGACAACGGCAGGCCUUCCUGGAGACCCAUCGUUCCACAGAGACGCGACAGCGUACGCAAAACGAAAACAAUCGCCAGGAGAAGCUGCUGCUCUCAGUGCUGCCCGACUUUGUCGCUAAGGAAAUGAUCCGCGACAUUUCUCGCGAGACGGCACGUGGUGGGCCGAUAUCGUUCACGCCGAAUCAGUUCCACCGGAUAUACAUCCAUCGUUAUGAGAAUGUCAGCAUCCUGUUCGCCGACAUCAAAGGAUUCACAGCUUUGGCGAGUCAGUGCAGCGCCCAGGAGCUGGUGAAGGUUCUGAACGAUCUCUUCGCCCGUUUCGACAAGCUCUCGGCGGAAAACCAUUGUCUGCGCAUAAAGCUCCUCGGCGACUGUUACUACUGCAUCUCCGGCCUGCCGAUCGCCAGGAGCGAUCACGCUCACUGCUGCGUCGAGAUGGGCUUGCAUAUGAUAAAGGCCAUACGAGACGUCAGGUUCACCACGAAGACGGAUUUGAACAUGAGGAUAGGAAUUCACAGCGGAUCUGUGCUGUGUGGGGUCUUGGGCCUGCGAAAAUGGCAGUUCGACGUGUGGUCGUACGACGUGACGCUCGCGAAUCAUCUCGAGAGCGGAGGAAUACCGGGGAGGGUACAUAUUUCCGCCGACACGCUCAAGUGCCUGAACGAUGUAUACGAAGUGGAACCCGGCUACGGUUGCGAACGAGACAAUUAUCUGAAGGAUCGAAAUGUUGUGACGUACCUCAUCAAGCAACUGGAGCCGCUCAAGUCCAGACGAAGACAGUCGUCGAAGCCGAGGGUCUGGACGGAAGAAGAACUGGCCGCGAACAAGAACAAGAAGAGCUUCAAAGUGAACAAUCCACAUGCCGUGAACAGCAACGCACAACCCAAUUCAAUGGACGACGAUAUUGGGGUUGACUGGACGCCUGAAAUCCCAUUCGAGAAUCUGAACACAGCUACAUCGGUGAGUAACUUGGAGUCCGAGUACCUAGAAGAGGAGAACGGCCAGCCAGCCAAACCGAGCACCAAAGCAACUUUGACGAUAUCUGACGAGAAAAAGAACGCUCUCGAGACCGCCAGUAACAAACGUAUGAGAUCGGCGAACAUAAACACAUGGACUUUACGCUACAAUGACGAGAGCCUGGAAUCGAAAUUCGAUCAAUUGCGAGAAGACAUGUUCAAAUCCAAUAUGAUAUGCUGCUUCGUCAUAUGGCUUUUUAUCGCUGUUUGCCAAGCUAUAAUCUGGUCCGAUUGCAUGAUUCUCCUGACCUCGUUACUGAUGACAACGGUGAUCCUGGUGGCAUCGUCGAUUCUAGUGAUGGCGGAGGAGUUCAAGGGUAUGCCGACGUACAUGCAGCACACGUCGUCUAUGCUGGUGCACAACAAGAAGCAUCGCACCGUCUUCAUCUGUGGCGUCAUCAGCCUGAUGACGUUGACGUCCAUCAUCGGCGUGCUGACGUGUCCCGUCACGAUACGUCGUUACCAGGAAGUGAUGGUGCUCGAGCAACAGCAAGUUGUACCAACGACGUUCGCGCCAGCACCGCUUCCGAUGCAGGAGAAGUUGACGGCGACCACCUCGAGGUCGAACCUGGACCAUUUUGUCCUUACGUUCCUAGAGGCUGCCUUGAGCGACGAGUCCACUGAGGGAGGAAAAAUCGUUCCCUCGACGGAGAACAAUACUCUGGAAACGGGCUCCAGCAAUAUCGAACUGAAGCUGACACGAGUGGUGAAUGACAAGGAGCCCGGAAGAAGCCGGAGAGAGUUCUUCAGAUUUUACAGAUACGAGCAGCAUUACGGAAAACCGGAAAUCGAAAGCCGACAUUACAGACGAGUCGCGCACCAACGCGACGCUGAGGGAGGCUCCCAAAGAAAGAUCCUUUCCGUCGCCGAAGAGAAGACUCAAGUCCGUUCGAAACGCCUGGCUCUCAACGAGCUUGAGGUGGCCGGCUGCAUUCGGCCGGAGUACGUAGUGUUUACAUGGAUCCUGUGCCUGAUCGCGCUCGCUUCAGCUCUAAAGCUGUAUUACUUGGUGAAGACUGCGCUGGCCGCAGCAAUCGUCGUGGUAUACGCGGUGCUAAUACUCGUCGUGUGCAAGAACAUGUUUACCGAAAGAGAAAGUAACGCAUCGGCAAUAUCUCUACCGGCGCAGAUGCUGACCUUUCUGACAGUCUUCCUCGUAAUGGUGACGUACCAUGGUAGACUGGUGGAGGUGACAUCGCGUCUGGACUUCCUGUGGAAGCAACAAUCCGAGAGAGAGUUGAGCGACAUGAUUGAGUCGCGGCAUAAUAAUAUGCAACUCCUGAAGAACAUCCUGCCAGAUCACGUGGCACAUCACUUUCUCACGGCGGAGCGUGCGCCGGAAGAACUGUACUCGCAAUCGCGGGACAAGGUUGGCGUAAUGUUCGCCAGCGUACCGAACUUUACGGAAUUUUAUUCCGAAGACGUAAACAAGGGAAUGGAGUGCAUUCGAUUGCUUAACGAAAUCAUUGCUGAUUUCGACGAGCUGUUGGACGAAACGCCGUUUCACUGCAUCGAGAAGAUAAAGACGGUCGGCGCUACUUACAUGGCCGCGUCGGGUCUAAAUCCCAGCCAAAUUGAUAACAAUGGCGACGACAUGGAGCACUUGUGCAGGCUGGUAGACUACGCGGUGGCCAUGCGCCAUCGCCUUGAGGACGUGAACGUUCACUCGUUCAACAACUUCGAUCUGCGAGUGGGCAUUAGCUGCGGGCCUCUCGUAGGCGGCGUGAUCGGAGCUCGAAAGCCGGUCUUCGACAUAUGGGGCAACACCGUGAACGAGGCUUCCAGGAUGGAUUCUACCGGAGUGAUGGGCAAGAUACAGGUCCCGCAUGACAUCGCAAGGUUUCUGGAAUCGAGAGGUUACCAGACGCAGAAACGCGGGCUAAUCGAGGUAAAGGGGAAAGGCACGAUGGAGACGUACUUUGUGCUAGGGAAAGCCACUCUGCAACAAGAAGGCACUCCCAGACACAGGAGCACGUGCCGCAGCCUUGCCGCGGUGGUUUACGGCGUGGUCCAGGCGCGUCGCAAACAAAUCAGAAAGCAAGUGAAUCGAAGAACAUAGACCGACAAUCUUUGAGAGUAGUUCUCCGUAUAUAGCUUGCCGAUACUGCCAGAUUGGUGCGGAAAGUUUCAACAUUUGAGAACUAAAAAAUUGUACAGGUUUAUAUUUCUGGUCGUCAAGAUAGUCUAUGAUGCACAUUUGUUUCAUCUGGAGAAAGAAUUGUUCCAAUUAUCUUUUUAAAUGAAAUAAAAUGUACAAUAGUAUCGAUAUUAAUAAAAAAUAAAAAAAUAAAAAAACAAGAAAUUUUAGCACCAAUCUGACGGAUAAAACAAGUAACUGAACAAAUAUUCAGGUCGUGAAAAGGAGUUCUAUCCAAUUUCAUUUCCGUGUCAUCUUGCCACAAAAUAUUGAAUGUAUAUAGCACUUAUAAUAAAUAAUCGAUCUUAUAUAAACACGA